AUGGCCUCCCGACCUGCAGCUGGCGCCCGCCCGGGGGCGAAAUUUGCCCAGUUCAAGCUUGUUUUGCUUGGUGAAUCUGCAGUUGGCAAGGAUCAAUUCGAUGAUUACCGUGAAUCGACGAUCGGCGCUGCCUUUUUGACACAAACUAUCUCCCUCGAUGAGAGCACCACAGUCAAAUUUGAGAUCUGGGACACUGCAGGCCAGGAGAGAUACAAGUCGCUAGCUCCGAUGUAUUACCGAAAUGCCAACUGUGCUGUCGUGGUCUAUGACAUCACUCAAGCUUCUUCCCUGGAUAAGGCCAAAUCCUGGGUCAAGGAGCUUCAGCGCCAGGCGAACGAAAACAUUGUAAUUGCAUUGGCCGGCAACAAGCUGGAUCUUGUCACCGAAAGCCCAGACAAGCGUGCAAUUCAGACUGCCGAUGCCGAGGCAUAUGCCCGAGAAGCCGGUCUCCUCUUCUUUGAGACAUCGGCCAAGUCAUCCACGAACGUGCGAGAAUUGUUCACUGCGAUUGCAAAGAAGCUGCCUUUAGAUCAGGCUGGACCCCGGAACUUGCGGGCGGCCCCACGCCCCGGUGUUGACCUCCGACCCGAAGCCCCCGGUACCCAAGGUGCUGGUGCAUGCAAUUGUUAA